AUGAUUUUUAAAAAUAUCAUAGAUGAUAUUCUUGAGAUCCACCACUGGAACUGCACGAACAAUCCUUUUGAAGAAGUGAACGUUGAAACUUGCCAAAAGUGUUAUGACAAGCCAACAUACUAUCAACCAUCAUCACAUGUCGGAUCCCCUUGGGCCUGCUUUGCAACACAUCAGGAGCUGCUCGUUUUCUUCUGGAUAAUCGUCUUGGACAUUAUUUUGAUCUCUCUCAAAAUCGUAGUUGAUUGUCUGAAAAACUUCAAAGAACGAAACGACUACUCUUAUGAAUACGAAGAAGAAGACGUGUGUACCAUCGACUCUGAGAAUGAGAAGUUUCUCGCUAAAAUCUCAACCGCUGGGGAAUUAUCAAACAUUCUUCUUGUUAUUCUUGGAAUGGUUGCGCUGAAAAUCAACUCGCAAGAAACACUGGAUGCAUUCGUUAUUUUGGCGAUUAUUGAUGUUGUGUUUUUCGUUGGCUGCCCCUUUCUCAGCUUUUUGUGGAUAAGAUCGUUUGAGGAAAUUUGCGAUUCAGAAGGCCUCUCAAACUUCGUCGAUUUCGCGAUAUCCUUUUCGCUGAGUUUAACAAUGAUCAUGAUCUCGUUCAACUACGCUUUUCCUCAUUGA